GGGCCGCCGCCGGCGGGCCCGGAGGCGCGCGGGGUGCCCGCCACGGUUCGCCCCGGCGACUCGGGGUUGGAGUCGCACAGGAAUUUCUCAAGUUGAAACUAAUUACAGAGUUUCCGGCUGACCAGCAUUCAUAGGAAUGAAGAAAAACACAGAGAUGGUGUGUCUAAGAAACUUCAAAAGGUGUCGACCUCCUGAUUGAAGCAUAGCUGAUUUGAUUCAUUUUUUCAUUAUAUUUCUGUACGCCUACAAGGGAAAGUCAUGAUUACCCUAACAGAGCUGAAGUGUUUAGCAGAUGCCCAGUCCUCCUACCACAUCUUAAAACCAUGGUGGGAUGUCUUCUGGUAUUACAUCACCCUGAUCAUGCUGCUGGUGGCCGUGCUGGCCGGAGCUCUCCAGCUGACACAGAGCAGGGUUCUGUGCUGUCUUCCGUGCAAAGUGGAGUUUGACAAUCACUGCGCCGUGCCUUGGGACAUCCUGAAAGCCAGCGUGAAUGUGUCCUCUCAUCCCCGGAUGCCACUUCCACUCCCCCUCCGAAUCCAGAAUGACCUCCACCGACAGCAGUAUUCCUAUAUCGAUGCUGUCUGUUACGAGAAACAACUCCAUUGGUUUGCAAAGUUCUUCCCCUACCUGGUGCUCCUGCACACGCUCAUCUUUGCAGCCUGCAGCAACUUUUGGCUCCACUACCCCAGUACCAGUUCCCGACUGGAGCAUUUCGUGGCCAUCCUUCACAAGUGCUUCGACUCUCCGUGGACCACCCGCGCCCUGUCUGAAACAGUGGCCGAGCAGUCCGUGAGGCCCCGGAAACUCUCCAAGUCUAAGACUUUGCAUUCGUCCUCAGGGUGUUCCGCCGAGGUUGACUCCAGCAAACAGUCGUUGCCCUACCCACAGCCAGGGCUGGAGUCAGCUGGCAUAGAAAGCCCCACUUCCAGUGUCCUGGACAAGAAGGAGGGCGAACAAGCCAAAGCCAUCUUUGAGAAGGUGAAGAGAUUCCGCAUGCACGUGGAGCAGAAGGACAUCAUUUAUAGGGUGUAUCUGAAGCAGAUAAUAGUCAAGGUCAUCCUGUUUGUCCUCAUCAUAACUUAUGUUCCGUAUUUUCUAACCUAUAUCACUCUUGAAAUCGACUGCUCCAUUGAUGUGCAGGCUUUCACAGGAUACAAGCGCUACCAGUGUGUCUACUCCUUGGCAGAAAUAUUUAAGGUCCUGGCUUCCUUUUAUGUCAUCUUGGUUAUUCUUUAUGGUCUCACCUCCUCCUACAGCUUGUGGUGGAUGCUGAGGAGUUCCCUGAAGCAAUAUUCCUUCGAGGCAUUGAGAGAGAAAAGCAACUACAGCGACAUCCCUGACGUCCAGAAUGACUUCGCCUUCAUACUGCACCUGGCGGAUCAGUACGACCCGCUGUACUCCAAACGCUUCUCCAUCUUCCUGUCGGAGGUCAGCGAGAACAAGCUGAAGCAGAUCAACCUCAACAACGAGUGGACAGUGGAGAAGCUGAAAAGUAAGCUGGUGAAGAAUCCCCAGGACAAGAUAGAGCUGCGGCUCUUCAUGCUCAGCGGCCUCCCAGACAACGUGUUUGAGUUAACGGAAAUGGAGGUGCUGAGCCUGGAGCUCAUCCCGGAGGUCAAGCUCCCUUCUGCCGUCUCGCAGCUGGUCAACCUCAGGGAGCUGCACGUCUACCACUCUUCUUUGCUGGUGGACCAUCCUGCACUGGCCUUUCUGGAGGAAAAUCUAAAAAUCCUCCGCCUGAAAUUUACCGAGAUGGGGAAAAUCCCCCGCUGGGUGUUCCGCUUGAAGAAUCUCAAGGAGCUUUACCUGUCAGGCUGUGUCCUCCCCGAGCAGUUGACUCCCGCGCAGUUGGAGGGCUUUCAGGACUUGAAGAACCUGAGGACACUCUACUUAAAGAGUAGCCUAUCUCGGAUCCCCCAGGUUGUCACAGACCUCCUGCCUUCGCUGCAGAAGCUGUCCCUCGACAACGAGGGCUGCAAGCUGGUGGUGUUGAACAACCUCAAAAAGAUGGUCAACCUGAAGAGCCUCGAACUGAUCGGCUGUGACUUGGAACGCAUUCCGCACUCCAUUUUCAGCCUCAACAAUCUGCAUGAAUUAGACCUCAAGGAAAAUAACCUUAAGACGGUGGAAGAGAUCAUUAGCUUCCAGCAUCUUCAGAAUCUGUCCUGCUUGAAGUUGUGGCACAAUAAUAUUGCUUAUAUUCCUGCCCAGAUCGGGGCAUUAUCUAACCUUGAGCAGCUCUCUCUGGAUCAUAAUAAUAUCGAGAAUCUGCCCUUGCAGCUUUUUCUAUGCACCAAACUGCAUUAUUUGGAUCUAAGCUAUAACCACCUGACCUUCAUUCCAGAAGAAAUCCAGUAUCUGAGUAAUCUGCAGUACUUUGCUGUGACCAACAACAAUAUUGAGAUGCUACCAGAUGGAUUGUUUCAGUGCAAAAAACUGCAGUGUUUACUUUUGGGGAAAAAUAGUCUGAUGAACUUGUCGCCUCACGUGGGUGAGCUGUCACACCUGACGCAUCUGGAGCUCAUCGGUAAUUAUCUGGAGACGCUUCCUCCCGAACUGGAAGGCUGUCAGUCCCUGAAGCGGAGCUGUCUGAUUGUCGAGGAGAAUUUGCUCAACACUCUUCCUCUCCCUGUAACUGAACGUUUGCAGACGUGUUUAGAUAAAUGCUGAUCUACAAAGAAGACACCCAGGUCUCAGAACCGCGUUUAAAAGGAAGCCCCAGGGCUUUAAGUGUGAAACAGAACAGCCUGUGCUGUAAAGAUGGAAAGUGAGUGAUGAUUAUGAUGAAUCGUAACCAUAGGUCACACACUAGAGCAACUCAGUGUCGACCCUAUAUUAAAAGUGUUAACACUGAACUGAAGUUUUGUGAAUAAUUGACCUUUAACUUAUUGAAAAUGUAAGAAGUACACAUCAAGGGUGGGAUGAGGGGCAUGAAGUCACUGAAGCUUUUACCGUGAAGAUUGUACAGGUGUUAUUUCCUCCUCCUCCCUCAGUCCUUGUGACUUCUUUGCACACUUAUUUUCACUGACUUCCUGUUUUGAUACUAGAAUCAAGACCAUGAACUCAUCAACAUAAAUUUCCUUGAUGUAUACUCACCACUGUCUUUGAUUUAUGUUCUUAGUUUUUUUUUAGACAAGGGUAUAUUAUGCUUGGCAGAACUCCUCUUUGGUUUAAUUUUUACUUCCUUUCCCAGCUUGCUUGAGUCUUCCUUAAUCUGGUUUUCUCUUAACAACAAUGAUGAGCCCUGAGAAAAUGCCUGCCUUGGGCCUCACUUUGAACAGGAGCAGGGUAUUCACCAAGAUGUGUUUUGGGGGAAUCCUGGAAAUUAAUGUGUUCUUGAACAUUUCUUCUUACCUGUCAUCAAAGCCUUUUUUUUAAUUUGUUAAGAUCCUUCAUAUUAAAUAUAAAACAUGUUUCUAUUGUGUAAUCUUGGAUUCAACAUCUGCUAAGAAUUUUUGUAAGGUACAGAGAACAUAGGCAUUUCUAUAAGAAUUUACUAUUGGUGUCCUUGAUUUUGGUUGUUUAUGAUUCUCGUGUUUGUGUGCUUUCUGCUCAAGAAUGUUUUUAUACUCUGCAGUUCAUUGCAUUUGGAUAACAAAAGCCUUGUGUUUCAUGCCAUGAAGUAUUUGGGGGUUUCCUUGUGAGAGGAUGGCUUAUCGUAUACCUCUCUCUUUCCUAAUCACUGAGCCACUGUACGGGUACAAUUCUUAAUUACUCACAAAACAGUGAUGGAAGAGAGAGGUACAGAUUUGACUUUCAGAAUUGAUUUUAAAAUACUUUGUAGAAAUUUAGUGAGCAUUGAAGCAGCAUACUUUUUCCCUCCAUUUGCAUGAUCUCUAGAUGUGAUUCUAAUAUAAAACAUUCAGCUUCUAUUCAGUGUGUGACGUGAGUUUUCAAAGCCCACAAAGAAAUAGACACAGUUAACUGAAAUUCAUCUCAUGCUUUUAUCUCUUCUGGAAUACAUUUUGCUCCUUGUUAUAAAAGAGCUUUGUGUUUGACCUUUUAUUAUUAUGCAUAUUGUUAAAUGAAUAAAAUUGACUGACUCACAUUUGGGAAAUGUACAUUAUUAAUGUGCUUUCCUCUAAUGGCUCCAGGCAUUCCAAUGCCACCUCAUUUUGGAUGCAACUCUGAAGUAAGCCAUUAGCUGCAUCUACACCAAACUGGAAAACACUAUAGACAGAGAGUACUGUAAAUGUGAAAUGUGGUUUGUGGUGUGAUUUUUCUCACUUUGUUCCAGGAAAAUGAAAUUGCUCUUUGAAGUAUAGCAUAUGUAGCUUCACACACCCCUGAAUUUCAGGCAAAGAAUAAUUCACAUCAGAUUAAAUUUGAAAACUAGUAGCUAUAAUAAACAUAGAACACCAAAAGCUGCCUAACACACUAUUGUUUAUACUGGAUGGGAAGCAACAGUAUAAAAUAUACUACUUCUGACCAAACUUUGCCUUCAGUCAGAACAGUUAAGUUCUCAGGGAACUAGGCACAACUGAUGAAACUUUCUUCAAGGACUUCAAAAAAUAGAUUCUGACUAUAUCCAGAGUUGUUUUUAUUGUUUGUUGUUGUUAUGUUCCUUUCUUUAAUGUGAGUUGAUGGUUAUUUUCAUGUUUUGCCAUAGAAUUAUCAAGAGUACUGAUUCCAGUGUUGGAUAAAAUUAUCUUCAUUUUGGGAUGUGAAUAUGACACAAGGAAAAGUGCUUUUAGCCACAUAACUGAAUUUGUGUGAAAAAUCCCACUCUCCCAUAUAGGAAGAGUUUUAAAAACAAAAUUCAAGUUUGUUACCAAUCACCUGACAAACUAGAACCUCUGCAUGAGUCACUGGCUCUGUUCAACUGCAAAAAGCAUUGACUGAAUUUUCUUAAUCACCUCCAUAAAUUUGUGGAAGCAGUUCACUGGCAGGAUCAAUAAUAAAUAUCAUAAGCUGCUUUCCACCACACUAGGGUACAGUUGCUGGUGCAAAUUAUGUUGUUGUUGGUGCCAUAGAUCUUGAAUAUCGUAUUUAAAUCUUAUUCACCAGUAUUUAGGUAGCUUUAGAAACAUCAAGCACUGAUGCAUUCAACAAUGGGACUACCACUUGACAGACAAAAUGGGGUGUUAACACCAUCUUUCCUGCACUGAGUGGGUCUUUAUUUUACAAGUUUUCCUUUUCCUUUGGGAAUUUUAAAUGAAGAAAAUGGAAGUUGUUAAAUUAUAAGACUUUAGUUGACAUUUCAUUUCUAAAAAUGUAUAUGCAUUUUCCAAAACAAUGAUAAUGAGGAAGUUAUUGAGAACAAAGUUUAUGGCUUAUGCUACCAAUGACAUUGGUUCAUUUUUUAUUUGCAUUCACACGUGGACACACACAGGGAUAUACACGGAGACACAUUUAUACCCCAUGUAUGCAAGUGGUAACCUAGUUAUUUCAUGUAUGGAGUAUGUUUUCCAAAAUUACAAAACGUUGUAGGUUAAUUUCAGGGUAGCAAUUAUUUUUAUUCAUUACUUAUAAUCAUGGAGUGUUCUAUUUCCUUAGUUAUGUAAAAGAAAACCAAAUGCUUAACUUUAGUUUGAGAAUCUGUUUGUAUGCCUAUAACGGUGCAGUGUUCUUUUCCUCACCUCCAUCAGGGUACGUCUGGGUGGCACCCAGAUGUGUAUGUUCAUUCUUCACCAUCAGUCUGGAUUGUUCCCCGGCGUGUCCCCAUAUUUCACUAUCAUUUGACACACUCAUGUGACACAGGGUAAAUGGAGAUCUUCAGGACUGCUCCAUAGGCAUGCUGUGGGGUGCUGUGGUGAUUUAUUUGCAUAACAUUUUUUUUGAUAGUGAAAAUAUUUGUUCUUGUUUCAGAUUCAGACUUGUUUAAAAUAUUGUGUUCUAUUGGUUCAUUAAAAUAAACCAUUGUUCUCUGGAACUGACGUUAUUUCCUGUGUUUUCAAUAAAAUUAUGUUUCCAUCUUUAUAUUCUUUUAGCGUUAUCCUAGCCACAUGUGGUUAUUUCAUCUUCCUUCUCCACUCACUCUCCCCAUUAAAUUUGAUCAACACUUGAGAGUAGCAGUAUAUUUGUACUAAAGGAUUUCAGUGAUACUUGAGCUUGUAUUUACUUGGAAAGAAGCCAGUGCCUAUAUUUCUGCCUAAUUGAGUAGUUCCACUGUAUCAUACCCUGCAAUAUUUAGAACUGAUCCUAUGAUCCUUCAUCCCUACCAAAAGCCUAAGAAUAUAACUGUGGGUCCACUUUGACUUCAGUAACCAUACAAUGCAUUGGGAUCUGGGUUUAUUUCUUUCUGAAAAGAAGAGAAAGACUGGUGGGGUAGGGGAGGAGUUACUUUGAACCCUGGUUCUUAUUACGAAGACAUUCUGUAUAUGAAAUAGUUUAAUAACUAUUGUAAAAUGCCCUAUAUGUUAUUAUUUCUUUUCUGCAACUGGGUGUGAAAAGCUGGCUUCUUCCUGUUUCUUGUCAUUCAUGGUUACAUCCCCUGGGAGCUAUGUACCAAGUGGCUUUGGUAAUGGACUAGUUCUCAUCACUGUUUUGUGUUUUUUCUUUUUUUAAGCGUGAACCAUUUCACCAACACUAAAGCAUUAACCUAGAGUAUAUGAGCCAAGGUAUUGGGUUGAGAUGGCAUACAAUUGAAUUUUAUAUUAUAUUUAAGAUUUGCAUUUGACUUGUAUAUUACACUACUGCUAAGAAAAACAAUUAUGAAUGCCUCCUGCAUGUUCACUAUAACUGAGAUGGUGCAAUUGUAAAAAAACACAAGGGUA